GGGGGGUGCUGCGUUAGGUCUCCGGUGUUUCGGAUCCGGUACUGUUACGAGGAGGUGCGGCUGCAGGCGGCGCUGAUGCUGCGGGUGUUUGCGACCAACCUGCAGUCGCUUUCCUCCCUGAGUGCCACGCUGGAGUUCGAGCUGCUGUUUCUGGAGGCGGGCAAUGAGAGUCCCUCCACCUCCUCCACCUCCCCUCCUCCCCCUCCGCCCGACGACCUGUCCUGCCUGCGACCCGUAGCCCGGGAGGUGGUCAGUCUGGCGGGGCUGGCGGGCGGCCUGGCGGAGUACUUCGGGUGCACCUUUUCGGAGGAGCAGUUUGGGCUGUGCAGCUGCGGACUGUUUGCGGGGCUGGCGGGCUGGGCGACACGGGAUAUGAUGGAGAGCCCCGCUCAGCGCACUGUGGGUGCUAGCUGGCUGUGCUCGCUGGUGGGGGUGGGGGACGUGGCGAGGAGGGACGUGGCGAGCCAGUACAGGCCCGAGUCGCCCCCCACCGCCUCCACCCCGGCCACUGCAGCAGCAGCAGCAGCUUCCCCCCCACCCGCCUCCACCACCACCACCACCCCCAGCCCCUCCUCCGUUGCCACCCCAGCAACAACACGCGGCCCUCCAACCACCACCACCACCAGCACCAGCACUGCUUCCUCACCCCCAUCCUCCAUUCCUCUAUCCGGCUUCCAUCCCCACUCCACCUCCGCCUCCACCAGCACCACCAGCAGCAGCCCCUACAACUCUCCCGCCAGCCUUCGCCCAGCAGGACCCCUUCUUUCCAGCACCACCUCCCCUCCUCCCCACCACCACUACCCACACCCGCAGCACCCCCACCCUCCCCACCACACCCUACCCCUGCUCGCCUCCUCCACCGCCUCCUCCUCCUCCCCAGCAGCUGCCCCCACCACCGCCUCCUCCUCCUACCCCUCCUGCUGUCGCACGAAGCCGCCUACCCCCCGAGUGGACUUCUCCGACCAGGAGCUGCGUAAGAAGGUGAUUCGGCUGCUUCAUGCGGUGGUGGAGGCGCCCAUCGUAAAGCCCGGCACGCACCCGGUCAUCCCCUCCGAGGCCGAGCGCCUGGACCGCCUGGCCGCCUGCUUCUCCCUGCUCGCCCUCCCACACGCCCGCAGCCGUGACCGACUGGCGGCCUUCCUGCGCCAGGCUCCCGCCGAGUGCUUUGCGCCCCAGAACCUGGACGUCCUGCGAACCCUGCUCGCCUCCUCCUCCUCCUCGGCUGCUGCUGCUGCUGCUGCUUCCGCUGCUGCCGCUGCUGCUGCUGCGGCUGCGAAUAGUACUACCGCCAUGAUUCUUACGGCUUCUGCGGCGCCGCUGUCUCGUCUCAGCGUGGGCUCUGCUGUCCCAGCUACCACUGCAACCACCGGAGCAGCCUCCGCAGCAGCCUCCGCAGCAACCGCAGCAGCAGCAGUCGGAGCCAGGCUUCUUCCCUCCGCCGCUUCCUUCCGCACGCAUGCGUCCCAGCUGCCCACCACCGCGGCCGCGUUACACCAGCUGGAUGCGUUGCUGGCGGGGCUGAGCAGCGACAGCGGUCGGGACUGGGCGGUGCUGGGGUGGGUGCUGCGGGAGGCGCCGCGGGGGGUGAUGCGUCAUGUGAAGCUGGCGUGGGAGGCGGCGCAGCCUGAUGGGGUGAUGCCCUUCAUCAUCUGGGACUCCUCGCCCUCUCGGGACGUCAUCGCGGCCAAGGCGGCGGCACACCGGCAGACCCUCCGCUCGCCCCGCUUCCCGCUGCCGCGGGUGCGCCCCGCCUCGCUUUGGGGCUGUCCGGGGGAGCAGCCGGUGUUGGUGGUGGACGACUCGCAGGGUGUCAAGUGGUGUGCGGAGAGCGAAACGUACUUCGGACCCGACUUCAAUCCCAAGGAUGAGACGCAUGUGGCCAUCUUCGUGCACGGCUUCCAGGGCUCCUCCACCGACCUGUGUCUGGUGCGGGCGCACCUCAUGCUGGCCUACCCCUACCUGGAGUGCUAUGCUAGCAAGAUAAACGAGGGCAACACGCACGACUCGCUGCAGGAGAUGGGUCGGCGGCUGGCCGGUGAGAUGGCGGAGCUGCUGGCGCCGCUGGCCCGCUCCCCGCGGCGGCCGCUGAGGAAGAUCACGCUAGUGGGCCACUCCAUCGGCAACCUCAUACUGCGCGCCGCCCUCACCCAGCCCGAGUUCCUGCCGUACCGCCCGCUGCUGUGGCUGUACGUCAGCGUGUGCGGGCCGCACCUGGGGUUUCUGUACGGCAGCAAUGCGGUGGUCGACACUGGGCUGAUGGUGCUGAAGAGCAUUGGGAAGGGCAAGUGUCUACACCAGCUCACCUUCUCCGACGCCCCCCGCCUCACCGACUGCUACCUCUACCGGCUGGCGCACGAGUGCCCGCUGUCCGCCUUCAAGCUGGUGCUGCUGGUGUCAUCGCCGCAGGACAGAUACGUGCCGUACCACUCCUCCGCCAUCACCUCAUGCCCCCAGGCGGAGCGGGACAGCCGCCGCGGGCGCUGCUAUGCUGCCAUGCUUCGGGCGCUGCUGAGCGGGGUGGGGCAGGGCACCCACGUGUUCCGGUGCGCGGUGGACUUCAGCCUCAAGGCCAAGAGCUUCAGCUUCUCAAAGCUCGUGGGCCGCACGGCACACAUUGAGUUCAUUGAGUCGCAGCUGUACGUGGGUUUGCUGGUGUGGGGGCUGCUGCACAGAUACACCAUGCUGGCACCCGCACCACACAGCUGGCUGUAGGGGGGAGGGGAAAAUUAUAUAAGGAAUGCAAACUAAAGUCCCAGUCCCCUAUCCCGACUGUAGGGAGGAGGGGGGGAGGAAGAGGAGGAGGGAUAUCCAGUGUGUUGAAUGGUAGUGGCAAACAAGGCGACACGCUCCUGGCUGUAGCUGAGGGAGGAGGAGGAAGAGUCGCCCACAGGGGCAGAGAGUUAAGAUCGGGAGGAGGAGCGUGCUGAGACCUGCCGAGACCUGCCAUGCUGAUAUGCCUGACAUUGCUUGGCUUGGCUUGGCUUGGCGGGGAGGCGGGCAUGCAGGGAAAGCGAGGGUACAACGCAUUCUGGUCGCCAGUCGGAACGUAUUGGGACUGCCCCGGGAAAUGAAGUUUGGUUGUGUUAAGUCUGGAUACCGUAUAUGCAGCGCUGGGCGGGCUGGGUCGUGCUUGGAUGGCGGUCCGGCUGUGGGUCACAUUUUAGGCAUGCUGGCGCGUAUCAGUAUCAGGGUCUGUUCGUUUUUUAGUUGGUUACUUAAACUGUGUUUCGUCAUGGGGGGGCGGCAGGAGCGAGCAGGAAUUUCGUUUGCUUUUUCUGUUAAGAGCUGGAUGGCGCGGGAUUUCAAUGUGGUGCGGGAGCUCCUUUUAGCAGCAGCGAGCAGGCUGGCAGGGGGAGCGCUUCGAGCUGUAUGCGGGCAGAUGAGGCUAGCUGUAGGCAGGUGAGUUCGUGCUUGCGCUUGUGUGACUUGUUAGGUCAUUUUCCGUUUCGACAAAGGAAGCUGUGUGUUUGCAUGCACAUAGACUCCUUAGGUUGCUUGGGGUCCAAGCAGGAUAGGCGCUUCGGAACCUCUGUCGCAGGGGUUUGCAGGCGUUGCUUUUAGUUAAGUACCGUACAUGCGCAAGGUGCCAAAAUCGCCUUGCCGUUAAUGACGCCUUGUUCUUGGAAUUACGGAUGACAUCAUGCUCGGGGCAGGGGUGUGUGCACGUAUACUGGUGAUCUGUUUAGGCUGUUUCGAAGGGAGGAGGGUGGGAAUUAGGGGCUUGUUAAGUGCUUCGAUUCGAGGAGGAAGGAACGAUGCCGCCGGAAUCGCGGUGGUCAAAAUGUAUUGUGUAUAUCCAAGCACAAGAAGUGCUGGGGCGGUGGUGGGGCCAGCCCUCCGUCACGGUCCACGGGGGUACCGUUCGCGUGCUGUUCAACUAGGUUCAUUUGAUAGGAUAGCUCCAUGCACGGAAUCCAAUACUCGCACACAGCAUGAUGCGUCUAUGCAUUAUAUAUCCGUGUUGUCGUUUUUAGGCCUUUUUUCGGAUGCAUACACUGCAUUCGCACGCUGCGGGCUGGGGGGUUCCCACUACUCCCAUUGCCUGGUGGCUUACCGACAUGCCCUCUGAUGCAUGUUUUGGCGGCUUUGGGCUGUGAGCUGCGGUCACUUGUAUGGCCCGAAUAUUUAUGGCAGAAGGUUAGAGCAUCUCUAGCUGAUACCCUCGGACUUGUGUAGAGGUAUGUAACAAAGGAAACUCCU